GCAACACAACACGGAGAGGUGUCCGACUCCGGUUCUGGUUUUGAACACCAGAAUUUCACCUUUAACUUAUGAACGACGUGGUUUAGAGACAUUUUAGGAGCUCUGCAUUCUGCCAGAAUUAUCGUUUUGGUAAUUUGUAGUAUAGCUGAAUGACCUGGAAGUUUCCUUCUGGGAGAGAGAUGGAGAAUAGCUCUCACACACUGCCACCAUGUCCUACCACUUUCGGAGGGUCCUUGCCUUUUUCUUCCUCGCUGCAGGAGACCUGCUCAAAUGGCUGUCUUUCACUCCCACUUUCGCCUAUUUCAUUCCCCUCGUCCCCUACCUCACUUUCUCCAGCAACAGCAGAGUCUACGCACUCUUCCUCCGCCCUUUCGCACUGCACUGAGUCUCAGUGCCUAGAAGAAGAAAACAUACAAUGCCUCAGCCCCGCAAACAUAUCUGACCAAGAUGACCUAACCUGCCUCAGCUGGCUGCAUCAGAGGGGCAACCUACUCCCACUGCAGCCCCUUCAUAAAAUGACACCACUGCCCCAGCUAGAGUCCUCCGCACCGGCCCGACCUCCUCCUCCUUCCUCGUCCAAGCCGCCGUACUCCUUCAGUAGUCUGAUUUUCAUGGCAUUAGAAGACUCACCUGAGAAGAGGCUUCCAGUGAAGGACAUCUACGAAUGGAUUGUGAAAAAUUUCCCAUACUACAGGACAGCAUCUGGAGGAUGGAGGAAUUCCGUCAGACACAACCUGUCCCUGAGCAAGAGUUUCCGUCGCAUUCAGAGGGACAAGAGCCAGUCAGUGGGGAAAGGAUCGCUGUGGUGUGUGUGUCCAGAGUAUCGGUCGGUGCUCCUCGAGGUGCUAAAGAAGACCCACAGUUAUCACAGCACCAACAGCAAUUUGUUAAACAAGCCUGCACUGUUGGAAGGAGCUGAAUUUGGGGUGCCUGCAGUGUGCGACUCUUUGGAAAUCUCAGAUCCUCUUUCUCACAACCUCCUCCUCUCCACGCCCUCACCUCAAACCUUCACCAAUGAUAACCCAAGUUUCUCUGACAACCCACCAUGCCCUUUGACCCCAGAUCACGAGGAGCUUGUCACCAUGGAGUCGGUUGAAUACCAGCAGGACGAGGUCAGCGGGGAGAUGGAGAAGGACCCACUGUCAGACAGUGGGUACAUCGAGUUACACUAUUACCAGUCUCAACAGUACCAGUAUCUGGUGCUGCCAGGUGACACAGAAUUGGACCUGGAGACUGUGGAGAUCCUUCAGCUCGAUGCCGAGGCCCAGGAGGCUGCUGGGUCACUGCUGGACUUAGCAGGUGGCGGAUAUUAAUGUUAUUUAGCCAUUUAACAAUCACAACUGAUGCAAGGUUUCAAUCUAUUGUAAGCAAAUACUCCAACGAACCAACAUAAAUGGGGAUUUAUGUUUUGAAGUCUUAAGUGAUAAUGGAUGGAGUGAUGAUGUUUAGAGAUUCGGCUACUUCUUCCUGAAACGAUGACACUGCCCUAAGGCUUACAUAUUGUUUUGUAGUUGUAGGUGAAAAUAUACAGUAGAUCAACUUUUUGAUGGACUAACAAGACUAUGGAUCACAUUACUUCCCAUGUAUUCAGGCACUUUCAAUGCAGAAGUUGAAUUUACCACCAGACCACACCAUACAACCACAACCUGGACACAGACUUGAGAGUGUAAUGUUACACUGAACAAAACUGACAGGAUUAUUCUCUGAGAUUUUUAAACCGAGGAAAAAGUAUUAAUAGAGUAUGGUCUUCAGUACAAUACGGACAGACUUUUUUGACACAUUAAGUUCAUUCUCAGGGGUGAAAGGAGUACUUCCAACUCUAGUUAAAGUAUUGUUUCUUGAUGUUUCCCAAGUUAAAGUAAAAUUUAAAUAGCGUUGAAAUCUAAAGUACAAAAAUAGCUCUUUUGAGGACUACACUAAGCAGUGCACUCUAUUACUAUUUAAUAUGAAUAUGUCUUUUCUUUAUAAGAAGAUUUUCAUGAGUAAAAAACUUUUUCAAAACAAACAAACUUAUGUCGAAUAUCCUGCCCACUUAACACUGUUACUGUAGUUUUUUCUGAAAACGCUGUCUUUCUAAAAGUAGUUGAGUAUAAUACUUUAUUAAACUAUAUUUAAUUUAUAAUGUAGUUAUAAUUGUAGAUUGCACUCAAAAAGUAGGAAAGCUCUACUUAAUUACAAUAAUAUAAGUACUUCCAAUUUUAUUUCUAGUUAAUUUCUUUACACCCAUCGUCAUUCUUCAGAUCAUGUUUGCUGGAGUUGAUUUUAUGUACAUGAUAUGUUACUGAAUGGCUUUUAGUUUUCUGUGAAUUUAAACAGCUAGAAAUUAGCUUCUACGCUAAGUUAAGUUGCCUUCUAUCAGGAAUGAAGAAUAAAAUUUAAGAUGAACUCACUGCCAUUUGAACCACUUUACAUUUCUGGACACACUGAAUUUCUGUUUGUAAAUUGUAUGUAUUGUUAUGUAUUUUCAAAAGCUUUAGAUUUUGUAAUCUAACAAAUAAAUCAUGCUGUUCUUGUGAAUUAAAA